UUCUUUUUUUCCAAUCAUGGAUAUCCAAGAUGAAUUGUUGAUGAAAAUUGAUGAUUUAGAAAUGUUUCUUAAAGAAAAAGAUAAAAUCAUACAUGACAAAGAAAAUGUAAUUAAAAAUCAACGUGAAACAUUGGCCAUAAUUCGUGAUCAAAAUGUCGAUAUCGAUUUAUAUAAUGGAUUGAAAGAAGAAUUUGAAUCUCUACAAAAGAAAUAUGAUGAUAUUCGUCAAAAAUAUGAAUUUAUUCAAAGUGAAAAUCAAAGUAUUCAACGUCAAGUCGAUGAUCUUUAUACAUCAAUCAAUGAGAAAGAUGAUGAAAUUAAAAAAUUGGAAAAAUAUAAAAAUGAUUUCAAAUUAUUGAAAGAAAAAAAUUCCACUCUAUCUGAAGAGCUUUUACAAUCGGAUCGUAUUAUCAAUAAUCAACGUGAAAAAAUGUCCGAUUAUGAAGAAUUGGUCAAAACGCUUGAAACUCAAAUAUCGCAGCUAAAAGAAAAAUAUUCCAUCAAUAUCAAAAGAAAUAUUUCAUUCAAUUAUUCAUUUGAUCAUUCGAUAUCGGACUUGAAUAAUGUUUCUAUGCAAGAGAUGGUUGGUGAAACUGUUGCCGAUAUUAAAAUCAAUUCAUUAGAGGAAGAUAUACGUAAUCUAGUGGUGGAAAAAAAAGAUCUCGAACAUAAAUUAUCCACCGUACAAAAUGAGAAAACAUUGGCCAUGAAAUCGCAAAAAGAAGCUGAAGAAACAAUAAAUUCAUUGAAUAUUGAAAUGAAUCGUUUGAAAAAUCUGUGUGAUGAAAAAAACCAACAAUUAUUGCAACAAAAAACACGUAUCCAAUGUUGGAAACAAUCAGUGGAUGAAGAAUUGAAUAAAGUCAAAAGUUCAUUUGUAGCAAUGAAAGAUAAUCAUGAAAAUUUUACCCAAAAAUUUGAAAAUGAAAUCCACAAUAAUUGUAGUCAGAUUAUCAAUGUUUUCAAUGAACAAUUGAAAACAAUAUCAUUGCUAUCACAUUUUAAACAUACGUUAGAAAUUCGAUUAGAAGAAAUUUGUGCCGACAACACGAAAAUUCAACAAGAAAAUCAAACAUCGAAAUUAAUGAUUGAAAAACUUGAAAAUAAUCACACCGUUCAAAUGGAACAAACCGAAAAAUUACAAUCAGAAUAUGAUGAAGCUAAAAACGAAAUCAAACGCCUAUUGGUUAUCAUUGAUGAUAAUCGUGAAAAAAUCAAUGCUACAAAUAAUGAUGAAAAUUAUCGAGAAAAAAGUGCAAAACUUACCGAAGAAUUGGAAGCUAUGAAAAUAGAAGCGAAAAAAAUCGAAAUGAAAAGAAAAAAUCUUCAUAAUGCAUAUCUGAUUGAGCAGCAAUCAUUUAUGGCCGAAAGAAAAACUAAAGAUCGAUUGCUCAAAGAAAACUUGGACCUGGAAAGAGAAAUCGGAAAGCUAAAGAAAACAAUUGCUCAAUUGGAAUCUAAUGUCACUGAUAAACAACAACAACAACAACACAAUCAUCAGUUAAUUAAUCAGGAAACACCACAGAUUAAUUUACCGAGACAAAAAUCUAAAACAUUUGUGAUACCUUCAUCGCCAUCAAAUGUAAAUCAAAAACAUAAUAAUAAACUACCCGAAGUAAAAGGUAUCAAAUUUGAAAUGGCUGAUGAAGAAGGAGAAUUUAUGGAUCCAAAUAAAAUUGAAAUGCAUCAUCGAUCACAACCAGCACAGCCACCAUUGGCAACACCAUUUCCACAGGAACGAAUAAAUCAAUUGAGACACCGGAAUAAAUUGCUUAGACCACAUCUUCGUACAUCAUAUCCAGUGGAAUUUCAAAAUGUUAAAUUGGAUGAAAAAAUUAUACAAGGAGCCACGCCAGCAGCAGUAGCAGCUUUACGAUGUCAUCAAAAAUCCACCAGAGAACGAAUAACAUCAACAUCGGAAAAUAAUAUUCCUAUUAAAAGAUCUAAAUUAUAAUUUUCAU